CCACCACCCGUUUAAGUCAUAUUCCCUGUUUUCUUUUUUUGGGAGGGGUGUGUUUUUUUCCUCAAUUUACCAAAAGGAGAAAGAGAUUGGGUUCUUGAUUUUCUUUAUUAUUUCUCUAUUCAAUUUAUUUAUAUGCUCCUCAACUAGGGUUGUAGCUACUGAGCUAGGGUGUAAGCAAAAAUGGUGAGAGGAAAGACUCAGAUGAAGAGAAUAGAAAACGCAACCAGUAGGCAAGUGACCUUCUCAAAGAGAAGAAAUGGGCUUCUUAAGAAGGCAUUUGAGCUUUCAGUUCUCUGCGAUGCUGAAGUUGCACUUAUCAUUUUCUCUCCCAGAGGAAAGCUCUAUGAGUUCUCCAGCUGCAGUAUUAAUAAGACCAUAGAGCGGUAUCAGAAGAAAGCCAAGGAUCUGGGAAUCAGUAUCAAGGCAAUUCAAGAAAACAUGCAGAAUAUGAUGAAGGAAGAUCCGUUGAGCUUGGCAAAGAAGAUCGAGCUUCUUGAAGUUUCUAAAAGAAGACUCCUAGGUGAUGGAUUGGAACCAUGUUGCAUUGAUGAGCUACAGCAGUUGGAGAAUCAGCUGGAGCGAAGCUUAACCAGAAUUAGGACAAGAAAGAAUCAGCUGUUCAGGGAGCACAUUGAGAAGCUAAAGGAAGAGGAGAAAGACCUGAUGGAAGAAAAUACAAGGUUGCGGUUCAAGUGUGGGUUGCAACCAAUGGACUUAUCAACAACACCAGAAAGGCAACAAACAGCAGACAGAGACAGAGAAAGCGUGGAGGUGGAGACAGCACUAUUUAUAGGUCUACCGGAGACGAGAAAUACCCAAAAAGCAUAGAAAAGUUUCACCAAAAUACAAAACUCUCUCUCUUUGUUUGCAUAUCUAACUGAAAUUAAUAAUUUUUCCAAGAUUUAUAAUAUGUAACUAAUCUAAAAUGAGCUGGGCUGAUAACCAAAACAACUUGUGUGUGUUGUGUGUAUAUCAAUUUUAGGGUAUGAUUGUGUUAUCAUAUGUAGCCUUAUUCUCAAGCCCAGCAUGGUGCUUUUGAUAUUGGAACUUUCUGCUCCUAUUGCUUGGGAGUUUUCUCUCACUCUCACUCUAUAUAUAUCAAUGAAAAUUGUAAAACUUAUAUUUA